GAAAAAAGCCCUCAAGUCCUGGUGUCUCACACAGAGCCUGCUAACCCAAACUGUAAUGGUUCGGAAUCCUGAGUCCCUGGACUCGUCGAUCCAGAGCUGUCUGUCUGCCCUCUACCCACCGUUUGAGGUCACGGCCUCUACUGUCCUCAGCCAGCUCUUCCAGGUCAUCGAGGGUUGUUACCACGGAGACGCCCUCCAGUGUCUGACCGACUUCCUCAUCCCUGCCAGACACCUUCUGGAGAGCGUGCAGCAGGAGGCCUGUGCACCGUACUCUCAGAGGGUGUUCAGGUUUUCCGGGUGGCCUUUGUGUUUACACGAUCGCAUAGUGAUCCAGCUCGCUCCUGUUAACCCUUUGCUGCUCAAACCAGGAGACUUUUACCUGCAGAUUGUGCAGUUUGGAAACCAGGCAGCCCGUAUUGUGGUCCAGAGCCUUUUGGAGGUGGAGGAGAAACGUGAGCUGGAGGAAACCCCAAUACCCGAGACCUCGUACCCCAGCAUCUUCACUGAAGCCUGGCUUCGGGAACUCAACGAUGGGAGACAUGGAACGCCUCUGGCUCGCUGCAUAAUCAAAACCGAGCAGGGUGUAGUCAAGGUUCCUUGGGAAGAGGUAGCCAAUCCUGAAUUUGAAGACGAUCGGAGGAUGGCCUCUUCGUCUACGUCAAACCAACAAGAGUCUUUGAGUUCGUGCCAUCCACAUACACCUACCCCUUCUAAUUUCUCAGUCGAGACGAGGAUUUGUCCUGCACGGGAUGGUAUAGCAGUGUCCUUGUGUUUGGUAGACAACAGCAGUAGUUCCAGACACACUGAAAUGGAUCCAACUCAGUCUGGGAUGCGACCGGUGGGAUGGGUGUCUCCAAACACAUGGGACAGCAGAAGUUUGGUUAGCAAUUGCAAAGAUCUAAUUGACCUUACCAAAGAAACCCAAGUAUACUCACAAACUUGGGCUCAGACUCAUACUCCUCUGCUGAGGUCCAACAGUACUACUCGGGAACGUACGGCUUGUGUUCGCACCGUGAGGUUCGCAGAGGAACCCUGUACACCGUGCAUGCAAAGAAAACACGGACAAGGGACCAAAGCACAAAAAUGUCGAUACAUUGAACCACAGGAGAAACCUAUUAAACCCAAAGAAAGAUCUGAGCAUCCAAAUGAGCCAAGAAGCUUUCACAGACCUGCUCAGGAAAAUCCAGCUUGUUGCAGCUCCUCAGAAACAGGUCCAUUAGGUAAUUCCUCCAGUGAAGGACAUAAGGAUGAAACACAGAACAUUUCUCAGGACAAGAUACACUGUUUUACUCCAGCCGUGGUUGGGACGUCUGAGAAGUGCCACAUUGUUGUCCAAGGAGAGACAAACGAGGUGGACAGAAGCAGCUACUUUGAAAUGAUUCCCAGGCUGCAUGUGGUUCCAGGGAAGAAGACCACCGCUUUUGGACUUGUGUCUCCAAAGAUAAACAGAAGACGACUACCAGCUCAAGAUCUCUCUCAGGACUCAAAAACUCUGUCCUCUCCUCUUGCUGGACCACGGAUAAAUCUUUCAGACGCAUCAGCGCAAGCUGAAACAGAGAGACCACCCUCCAGAUCAUCCACACCUCCUGCACUUACAGCUGACGGCCUCUUUCACUCAGGAAUGAUGUGUCUUACAGGGGGCCAGGACCGUUCAGGCCGAGCAGUGGUGGAGAUUUAUGGAGAUCAUCAGGUCUGGGCUUCUGCACCCAUUUCAAGCCAGGAGAUCUGCAAACUACUGCUGUACUUUCACACCAUCACCAGGAAAGAAAAAGAUCUAGGGAUGACGGUGGUGUUUAAUGCACGGAAGAAGCCACCACAUCCAAAGAUCACCAAAGCUCUCCUCACGCUCCAGGAGCUCGAUCCUCAUGCUGUGCAUUGGGUUCUGCUGCUGCUGAAUAAGGACAACAGCCACAGUCAUGAGAAAAGGCCCGGCGUUACGAUGGAAACUGUGACAUCACUUAAGGCUCUGUAUAAAAUAGUGGAUGCCAGUCAGCUGACUGCGGCUCUACACGGAUCCUUCCAGUACAAUCACUGUGACUGGCUACAGAUCCAUCAGAAACUGUAUCCAUUUGUGUCAGAUCUUCAGGAGGCAUCUGCUCUGCUAUCAGGAGCCAUAAAGAAACUGGAAGGUGUUCAUAAGAUCGACACAGUGCAGGAUGUGCAGCAGUGCAUUGAGGAGCAGGGAGCUCUAAUGAAGGAUGUGCUGGAAGACGCACGAUUGGUCAGAUUGCAAAGGGGAGGCGGAGCCAUGCUGGCGAGGCUGAGGAGGGAAACUGAAGUGAGGUCACCAGACUGUGAAAAAAGCCGUGAGGUGAUCGACACAGUCACACACCUGUACAACACCAUGGAGGAGCAGGUGCACAUCCUGGCCAGGAAGUCCAAUAUGUCCCUGCAGCACCUGGACUUCCUGUUACAGCUCAGAGAGAUGGAGUCCAGGUUUGCAAAGAUUAAGGACUGGUUUGACACAGAAGGAGAAACGCGGCUCCUGCAGGCUGAAUCUGUGGAAGACUGCAGUGAACGAAUCCAGCAAACACUGCAGAGUUUCAAAGCUUUUCUCUCCGAAGCAAACGAGCGAAAGCAUCAGGCGAUGAUGCUGGUGUCAGAUGCGGAGAGCGUUCAGGGGCCGAACUAUCCCGAGACGGAGGUGUUUCACAGGAUGGUGUCUGCAUUUAAAUCCAGUCUGGCUGACUUUGUGUCGCGGGCCGAGCGCUGCUGUGAAGAGCUGGGCAUGAUGGUGUACAUCUGCCACUUCUGCGAGAGGGCAUCAGCCGUGGCCAGCGACUGCAGCCGAUUUUUAGAACAGGAGCAACACUGCAGUUCUCCAGAUGAGGAGCGCUGGACACAUCUUCACGCUUACCUGCAGAGAUUAGACGAGUUUUCUCCCGAGCACUUCCAGGACGUGAGAGCGCAGGCCAGUUCCAGCUCCAGAGCUCUGCAGGUGUGGAACCCUGCCUGGAUCCACUGCCAGGAGGUCCGGCGACAGCUGGAGGAGAGACUGGCGCUUCUGGAAGGAGCUCAAACCGCCGCUGGACGUCACUCUGAUUGGCCCGAGGUCGUUCCAGUACAAGAGGAGCAUGGGAUUGUGCCCGAGCUGUCGGAGAGCAGGGCGAGUCGGGCGAGAGACAGCAUUCACGGCACCGUCACCUGCUUCAACUUCAGAUCCAACCACAAAACCCGGAAAGAGGCCAAAACAACUCAGACUGGGAAGGAAAUUCCUGCAGACUGCAGCCAGAGAGGCAAAAACGUUGGCAGAAAAGCAUCCCAAGAGCAGAAACCCGUCACAGGCUCGAGUGCGGUGGGCUGCCAGUGGUUUCCUUGGCACAACGCAGCCAGCAGAACCAACAGCAAGGGACCCGGGCUCCACAUCACAGAGCCCGUCUUCUGCCAGAACUCUCGCCACGGCAGCUUCUGCUCUGAGACGGUCUGUGAAGAGACGGAGGGCGCUAGAGACGUCUCCGUGUUCACAGACAGCUGGAGAACUGAUGGAGAAAACAUUGCAUCCAGCCCAGAAAGCCCAAACAGAAGCAUGAAGCUUCAUCGCAUCAUGGAGGAGCUCCUGCUGACGGAGGUGGAGUACGUCCGCUCUCUCUGCUACAUCUUGACUCACUACUUCCCCCUGCUGUCCCGGCCGGACGUCCCGCAGGAUCUUCGCGGUCAGCGCGGACGCAUCUUCGGUAACCUGGAGAAGCUGUACGACUUCCACUGCCAGCACUUCCAGCAGGAACUGGAGGCCUGUCAGGCAGAACCGCUCGGAGUCGGACGCUGUUUCCUCAAUCACAGAGAGAGUUUUGGACUUUACGCCCUUUACAGCAAGAACAAACCCCAGUCUGACGCUCUAAUCCAACAUCACAGAUACUUCAAGCGUAAGCAGAUGGAGUUGGGUGACAGCAUGGAUCUCUCGUCGUACCUGCUGAAGCCGGUCCAGAGGAUCAGUAAAUACAGUCUGCUGCUGCAGGAGAUCCUGGACGAAUGUGUGCCGGAUCAGAGCGGAGAACGAGAGGAGAUCCAGGCGGCUCUAGAGGUUGUGCGAUUCCAGCUGCGGCACGGGAACGACCUGCUCACUAUGGACGCCAUCCGUGACUGUGAUCUGAAUCUGAACGAGCAGGGCCAACUGAUCCGGCAGGAUGAAUUCUGGGUAAUUUUCCGCAAGAAACGUUCCCUCCGACGAGUGUUUCUCUUCCAAGACGUCAUCCUCUUCACCAAGACCAAAAAAAACGACUGUGGAGAUGAUGUGUACGUUUACAAAAUGUCUAUCAAGACCUGUGAGAUAGGAAUGACCCACUCUUGCGGGGUGAGCGGCCGCAGUUUUGAGAUCUGGUUCAGGAGGAGACGCUCCCAGGACACUUACAUCCUACAGGCCGAGACACGGGACGUCAAAGAGGCCUGGACCAGAGACCUGGAGCACAUACUGUGGGAACAAGCGCUGAAGAGCAGAGAGCUGAGGAGACAGGAGAGGUUGUUCAUGGGAAUGGGUUGGAAACCUUUUUCCGACAUUCAACCUAGAAACGACGCCGUGAAUGGUGACGUCACAGGAAGAGAAGUUGUAGGAAUACUGAAAAGACCCAACCCCUUGGUGUCUAGCCUUCAAAGGGGCGUGGCUUUGCCACGGCCAGAUUCGAUUGGCUCUGGCAGCAGCACAUCAACCGCAGGCAGCCACUCAUCAUCCUCGUCUGGGAGGGGCUCCAUGUCACCCAGCGUUUUCCAAGGAAAAUACGAUUCCUCUACUGAGAACGCAGGUUUGUUUAGCUGUGCGGAUCAUAAUUGCCCCACAAGAAGAAGAGCGUCUGUGUCAUCACUGCUUCACCCCAGACCUUCAGCGUGUCAGUCGUCUCCCGCUCAUGUUCUUCACUACGGCUCACCUGCCCUGUCCAGGAAGAUGCUCAGUCCACAAACAGAUGCUCACGGCUCUCUCAAGGUUGAGACAUAAACACACGUCAGUUCAAAACCCUGUGAGCUGCCUUUCUAGGCAACAUUUCCAGGCAAAGCAAUGCUGACUUAAAAGAUACCACUUUAAAAAAGCCAGAAAAAUGAAGUACAUUGUACUGUGUUAGGGCAAUACACUGCACUCAGAAACAUUGUUUUUUCCCCCCAUGCACGGGUCAAUUUGAAGAUUUUGGGCUAUUUGUUUCAGACACGUGGAAAGAAAAAUUCCAAAAUACACUUUUAAGUGUUUAUGUUGACACUUAAAAUGAGCAAAAACUAGGGUUUGAGACAUAGCUUGAUACUGAUAUUCCAUAAGGAAAAUAAUUAGUUCAGACU